UCGAGUCGAGCGUGCGCAACAUACGCAGUUAACAGUUGGUCGUUUUAGGUAGCCAACCUGUUGCAUUUUUUUUGAGUUUUGUUUUGUUUUAGUAGUGGAAAGUGCAAUAACGAUAACAACGACUGCGUCAGAUAAAAUCGAGUUGAAACAUAAACUCACCUGCUGCAGCAGCCACACAGAGCGUGUGAGUGGUGCGAGUGUCAUACAAAUUAGAAAUCUUUUGUUUAUUUAAUAAAUACGGCGAAAAAUACAAACGACAAAAAACGAAAAACAAACAAAACGAGAAUAAAUAUCAAAAGCGGCUGCCGCGUGCUAGUUACAAUCGCAACAAAUAAUUAACUCGUGAAACUCAACGUGCCGCCGUUCUCAAAAUGGAUGCAGCUGCCAACAGCGCCAGCCCCAGCCCCAAUGUCAGCGUUGCUGUUGCCGUUGCCGCUGCUGGAGGCGCCACCGAAGACGAGACCAAAGCGAAGCUGCACAAACAAAACGCCAACAUGGAGAAUGAUGAUGACGACGAUGAGCCGCAGGCGUUGCCAUUCUGUUUUGUUCGGGGCUCCGAUCCUCGAGCGGCCACCUGUCGUGGCAAAUUGCAAAGUCGUCGCUGUAAACUGAACCAGGAAAUUAACAAGGAGCUGCGCUUGCGCGCCGGUGCCGAAAAUCUAUACAAGGCAACUACAAAUCGCAAGCUGCGAGACACUGUCGCUCUGGAGCUGAGUUUCGUCAAUUCCAAUUUGCAGCUGCUCAAGGAGCAACUGGCCGAGCUGAACUCAUCUGUGGAGAUCUAUCAAAGCGAGAGUCAUGAAGGCAUAAUGCCGAUGAUACCAUUGGGCCUCAAAGAGACCAAGGAAAUCAAUUUUAUGGAACCAUUUUCGGACUUUAUAUUGGAGCAUUAUAGCGAAGAGCCCUCCAUAUAUAUGGAUGCCAUAGCCGAUAUGACAGACACCAGACAGGCUUCCAAGACGCCAUCGCGUGACGCUCUUGGCGUGGCACUUCUAUUCCGUUAUUACAAUCUUUUGUAUUAUGUGGAACGGCGCUUCUUUCCGCCCGAUCGCAAUCUGGGCGUCUAUUUCGAGUGGUACGACUCGCUGACCGGUGUGCCCUCCUGCCAGCGCACCAUUGCCUUCGAGAAGGCCUGCACCCUGUUCAAUCUGGGCGCCAUCUAUACACAAAUCGGAGCACGUCACGACAGGCGCACGGAACGCGGCCUGGACGCUGCCGUCGACAGUUUCCUGCGUGCUGCCGGCAUUUUCCGUCACAUCUACGACACAUUCACCAAUGCACCAUCGAUGGACCUAAAGCCGCAGGUGCUCGAUGUUCUUGUCUCGCUCAUGCUAUCCCAGGCACGCGAAUGCCUCUUCGAGAAGCUACAGCUACAGAUCGAGGCUCUGGGUCUGACGGAGUCCAGUCAUCUCUUUCGGGACUUGGCCGGCGAGGCGGCACAGCUGUCGCUGGAGUACAAUGAGAUGCACAAGAACAUCCAAGUGAAUGACACGCACACCUAUCUGCCCGAGUGCUGGGCGGGUCUGGUGCCGCUCAAGGCCGAACUGUACAAAGCGCUCGCACAUCAUUACGAGGCGCGGAGCAUUGAUGCCACUGUGGGCGAUGGCGACAAUGUCUCGCUGGGCACCAAAAAGAGCCAGACGGCAUCAUCGAACGAAUCGUUCAUUGGCAAUGCGCGGGAGGCACUGCGUGCCACCGAAGCCAGCAGUGAAUGCGAGGAGGAGAGCGUCAGCGCUGCUGCCAUUAAGCGCACCCACUUGAAAGAAGCUCUGGCUAGUCAUGAGGAGGCGCAGCGUUUGCAGCGCAUGUGCCGCUACCUGAAGAACAAAACAUCACUCACGCAGGUCAUCAAGGAGGCCUACUACAAGACCCAGGACGAAUAUGAACGAUUCUCCCUGCAAGCGCCGGCCAAGAACAUUGAAGAGUGCUACGAUCUGACCGAACGCACCGUGGAAGCAUCCUCGAAGUUUACGCUGACAUUGACGGGUCCGGAUUUUACAUCGUACAAAGUGGAAGAUCCCUUCAAGCGACUGGGUCCCAUUGCAAUAUUCUCUGCACGUCGCCAUUGGACAGCGCCGCGUUGUGUGCGCCUGCAAAAGGGCUCGGCCAUAUAUCAUGAUGCUAGUAGCUACCAUUGCCACUGCCCCAGAGGCGAUGAGAGUCACGAGGCGGGCUGCAGUCUGUACAAGGAGGAGCUCGAGAAUUUUGGUUUUCACGUGCGCGGCGAUGCGCCUGUGAUAAUAGCCCAUGUCGAAAUCAAUUCACUCGCGGAUUUGGGCGGCAUCAAGGAGGGCGACUUUAUUGUGGAAAUAGCGGGCAUGGAUGUCAAGUGGUACUCGCAUCAGCAGGUGGUGCGGCUCAUACAAUCGUGUGGUGCAGCUCUGGAACUUAAGGUCAUUACGCCCAUGGAUCGUAACUAUCUAAAGCCACUCUCGUCGAAGGGCUCCAUAUCAACGCUAUCGGCUGCCAGCUCGUCCGGCGUUUCAUCUGGCUCCUCCAGCCCCACCAGCACCACCACCAAGCCUAAGCUGCGGCUCAAGACCUCCGCGAAGACGCGUUUCGUGGGCAGCGUAUCCUCCAGUUCGUGGAAUCCCUUUCGACGCACACCGAGUCUAGCGAAGAUCUUUUAAGUGCUAUCAAAUCCAUUUGCACUGGGGAUUUCUUAUUUUAAGUUAUGCUUUAAUUUCCGUAGCAGUGGCCAUUAUUUUGCUUCAACGCAAAGUGGAUUUUUUUUUAUAAAUAUAUAUACAUAUAUAUACAUGUACUUAUAUAUGCUAUUACCUAGUAAUCCCUGCUCAGGCCAAUUAUGACUUGGCAACUGUAGUUUUCUGCUAUGCCCCCACUGAAUUCCAUUUAUUUUCCGCCAGCAUGGAAAAUAUCUGUGAGAAUGCGAAUGUACCAGGCAUAACUAGCGGUAUUCCAUAUGUCUGUCUAUA